AUAAAAAGCACAUCGAAUGACAAAGUGCACUACGAAUGGAUAAAAGGCACAUUGAAUGGAUAAAGCUCAUAUUUAAUGUUUGAUAUAGUUUUAACAUUCGAUUGUUGCAUUUAACAUUCAAUUACAUAAUUCUCAAUUGAGAAAUUCUGUCGACUCAUUCUUGACAGAUUGGCUAAGUUUACUUUGUCAAAAGAAAGUUUGCGCAGUUGGCCCUUGUGAGGACCCGUACACAGAGAGAAAUGACAAAAACAAAAACAGAUACGCUAAGCACAGACGACUGCAAAGUGAAACCUCCGCUCUCAAUAGUUGUUGAAGAACGGAAAUCAUUUCAGGGACAGACAUUUUACAAUUGUUUUAAAGGACAAAUGGCUCAGGAAGAGUAUCUCCAAUUGAAGCUGAAAACAUGUCUAAGAAGUGACAAUGUUCAGCUCGGGAAGGCUCCGCACACAACAGAAAACAAUGAAGCUGGACAGCAAGCAAUAAAGGAGCUUGCUGAGAAAUAUGCACCUAACCUUAAUCUUAAUGCCACUGAAGUAGAGAGUGCAUUGGAGGCUGUGAGCUCAUUGACCGUCAAGCGAGAGAAAGCAAAUGAGACGUACAAGACAGAAGGUGUUGCUACACUGCAGAUUGCAUUGCCCAAGGAGUACAAGCAGGGAUCUCAAAGACACUACUUGGAAACAACGCUUGACAUUACCAGCAAUCAGCUGAUAGCUAUGAUAUCAGAAAAAUUUGGAGUCGGAACUAACAUGAAGUUAUUUUUAAGCGGCAAAACAGUGGGGGCUGGUAAAACACUUCAAGAGCAGGGUGUAAAACACAAUUCAAAGAUUAUGGUUCUUUCACUGAAGGAAAGUGAGGAGGACAAGCAGAAAAUGGCUGUGGAAGAAAAACAACGCCAAAUUAUAAACGAGACCAUAACAAGAACUCAAAAAGGCUUUGAAAUCCUGUCUGAGAGAGAUGGAAGUAUGUAUCCAGAUACCACUCCAUUUUUGGAAAUCACUGAUCAGAAGGGAAACCCCAUUAAAAUUCCACCAGCAGAGAGGAAGGCUCUUAUCUUGGCCAUGGGACUUCAUGAGAAAGGAAGAACCCUUCUGAAGAAGAAGGAUUAUGAAACGUCGUUGUGUCUUUUACUGCAAGCUGAUGAACAGUUUAGUAAAUGUGGGCCUCAGUUGCUGAACACAGUGGAUAACUAUGCAGUCCUUCAGCUGGAUAUUGUGUGGUGCUACCGUGCGCUUGAGAACCUGGAUUACCUUGAGAAUGCAAAAGAACGAUUGCAAAAAGCUGAAAGCUGUUUCCUUAAAUGCUAUGGCGAAGAACAAACACGACUUUUACAAAUAAAGGGAAAUUCAGGGAGGGAGGAAGUGCUGUUCCUGAGACUUUACCUCCUCCAGGGGUUUUUAUUCUUCUUCCAAGGUGAAGACAAACUAGCUGCUGAGAAAGUCGUGAAGGUGGAAGAUAUGUACAUGCAGCUAUGUGUGGAUCCUCAUCAGAUUACUCAACUGGUGGAUCUCGGGUACACAGAGCAGGAAGCAUGUCUGGGUCUGAGGGCUUGUCAAGGAAACUUCAACGAAGCUGCCAACCACAUUAGCCAAAGAAGAGAGGAAAAGGCAGAGAUGAAAAGAAAGGAACGACAGAAGAGAAGGAAACACGUGGAUGACAUCAACACGCUGAGAGAAAUGGGUUGUUCCAAGAGAGAUGCAGCCAGGGCUCUACAUGACGCUGAAGGAGACCUAGACCAUGCCUUUCAGAUCCUUCUUGAUAACAACCAUCUGAUAGAGACAACAAGCAAUGAUACAGAAUCCAGUGACAUGGACUCCUCCAACAGGGAAGUCCUGAUUAAUCAGUUGGGCUUCGAUCGUGAUUCUGCAGCAGCUGCCAAUGUGCAGCCCUCGACCCAGCUUCUGGUGCAUCAUCGAGGGAAUCUGCCCCCAGAUGUCCUGCCCCCUCCCCUACGCUCCUCCUCCUCAGAGGAGCCCAGCACAUCCUCCAACUCUGCAGGUUCUCCCAUAAAUUCAGAUGAGCAAAUUGAUCUGGACCUGGUGAAUGAGGUGCUGAGGGAUAUCCCAAAUCAUGAGGAGGACUAUCUAGAUCUAAAUCUGGAAGAAGAAAGCGAGGUCAUUGCAAAGCUCAAAUCGUACCUGGAAACAAAACACCAAGCCCCCUGCUAAAUGUCUCCCCAUCACAGUGCUGCAAAAGGGCUGCAUAGAAAUUCAUGAAGCAAUUAACAACAGGGCCCUUUGGUGCUGUUGCACUUUCUAGCUUAGGCAGUCAACCCAUCAAGAGAGUCAUUUUCUCCAGAUACCUUUACCUGCAUUUUAUAUUUAAGAGCAACUUAAAUUCAAUAAAACAAUUCAAAUAAAGUUUUUACAUGUGUAAUCAGCAGAUUUUGGUAUUUUUCAUAAUGUAGAAUUGAUUUUUAGUUUUGCAAGUUAGAAUAGCAACGGUUUAAACAGUUUUCAACAUUCAAUAUUAAUAAAUUUACACCAGUUUUUAAGUUGUAUAUAUUGCAAUUAAUAGAACAUCUAUUUUGAGGUGCAUUGUCAGCCUGCUGAGGUCUAUACCAUGUUACGGUAAAGAGAAAGGCCCCAUACCACAUUUUAAAAUAUUAACUUAAAUCACUUUCAAAAGAAAAACAAGUUCUUUGCCAUUGGUUGAAAAGCUGCAUUAUACCAAUAGCACAAUUCACUGAAUUACUCAUUUAAAAAUAUAUUUAUGUUAAAUUUAGCACACAAGAACAUUAUUAUUUAUUGGUUUUCGAAAACUGUGACUCUCUCUUUGUUUGGAUAUUUUUCUCUACUGUGAACUGAAAUAAACACACUUCUGUAAAAACGUAAGUAUGUCCUGCAAAUCCAUUUUUCUAAUGUCUACUGUUUGUUUUCUUUGUUUCAUUUUUUUCAGAGGGAAUGCAUCAUUUUUUUUUUAUAUAUAAAAGAAAUGCAAGACUUUUCAUUGUCUUUUGCAAAAUCUGAUUGAAAUGUUAUCGCAGCCAUGCAGCAAUGUCAAGAUUGAAAAAUAGAGACAGAACAAAGUUGUGUAUUAAAAUGUGGAUCUCCUGAAAUGCCCUCUUACCCACUGGUAUUGUUUGCCGAUUGCCAGUGGAGGUUUGAGUGGAAUUCCACUAAUGCAGCGCCUUGACAAAGAGCCUCUUGUAAUGAAUGCUCCAAGUUAUUUCCAUUAUUUCAUCCCCCCAGUGAGUGGAGUUAUUCAUUUGUUUUCUAAAAUGUAAUUAUGCAUUCUAAAAGGGAGGGGUCGGGGCCCCAACCUGUCUGCGGGUAACCUCGCUCGGUGGAAAAGUACAGCCUGGCUUGUCCCGUUCACUCCAGUGCGCUGACCAUGCCCCUGAUCCGCGGGGCGCCCACUUCCUGGUUGGUGAUGAUCAGCCCUCCUGAGGAGCAGUCCUAAGCGCAGCAUUCAUGCUAACGAUCGCCUCACUACAGUACUGCCCUCCUGAUGAGCAGUCCUAAGCACAGCCUUCGUGUUAACAAUCGCCUCGCUACAGUACUGCCCUCCUGAUGAGCAGUCCUAAGCACAGUAUUCGUGCUAACGAUCACCUCACUACAGUACUGCCCUCCUGAUGAGCAGUCCUAAGCACAGCCUUCGUGUUAACAAUCGCCUCGCUACAGUACUGCCCUCCUGAUGAGCAGUCCUAAGCACAGCCUUCGUGUUAACAAUCGCCUCGCUACAGUACUGCCCUCCUGAUGAGCAGUCCUAAGCACAGCCUUCGUGUUAACAAUCGCCUCGCUACAGUACUGCCCUCCUGAUGAGCAGUCCUAAGCACAGCCUUCGUGCUAACGAUCGCCUAACUACAGUACUGCCCUCCUGAUGAGCAGUCCUAAGCACAGCCUUUGUGUUAACGAUCGCCUCGCUACAGUACUGCCCUCGUGAUGAGCAGUCCUAAGCACAGCCUUUGUGAUAUUUCUUCAAGUGUUGUCACCAGCUGGAAGCCAAGAUGUGAAAGAAAAAAAAAAAAAAAGAAUACUGUAACAUGUCGUGUCCAAUCAAAUUUAUAUUAAGUUAUACAGACCUGGAGCAAUUUAAAAACCAGCAUGGCUCCUACAGCCCCUUCGGUCCCUGCUUGUAGAAUUGUACCAGGUUUCCUAUCUAUACUAUACUUUAUAAUGCAAAGUCUAGGCAGGGCAAUUUCUCAUACCCUAUAGAGUUUAUAUAAACAGAUUUAAAAUUCCAAUUCUAAAAUAAUUGUGACAGUAACAGUGAGUUGGAGUGAGAGGCUGGAAAACCAGAGGGACAUUAGUAGGCCCUUGGGUUACAUAUUCUUCUGUAUCCAAGACGCCCCUUCCACAAGUUUCCCAAAGUAAAAGCAUAGCAAAGUUUAAUAAAGCACAGUAAAGCAUAACCAAGUGUAACAGGGUAGAGGCGUGAACCGGCGACCUCGCGCACCGCAAGCAAGCGUCUCAACCACAAAGCAAAAGAGGCUCAUCUGCAUUCAUAGUUAUAGUUUUUAAUCUCAUCUCAUCUCAUCGACAAAAUCCGUAAUGGCAGUGUAUCACACAACAGUGCCCGUUAUAUAAACACACACAUCAAAUCUCAUUUCAACGACGGGACAGGACAGAAUCUGUAACGGCAGUGUAUCACACAGUACUGCCCGUUACAUAAACACACACACACACAUCAAAUCUCAUCUCAACGACGGGACAGGACAGAAUCCAUAAUGGCAGUGUAUCACACAACACUGCCCGUUACAUAAGCUUUGUAAAGAAAAGGUAGAGCAAAGUGUGAAACAGCAGGUCUUAUCACAGUCAGUGCACACAGUAUGGAAGUAGCCGUGGAUCUUGAAGAUUUAUAUUUAUUAGAAGGGCGUGUCAAUCUGUUUUUCACCCAAUAUAUAAUUUCUUUGGUUUCUGCAGCCUGCUUCGGAUUUCUUCUUUGUUGUUUUUCACCCAGGUAAUUGCUGCAGCGCACAUGCUUUCAACACCAGUGAAGGCUUUCACGCAGUGACUGAGGAAUGCUGUUCAAGUACAUCGGUUACCGUGGGUUACCUAUGGGGAGGGUGUGACUAAGAAGCAUUUCAACCACGGAUUCAAACAAACCAGGCGAGUCCUACUAGUAACUGCUGGCAAAUCAAACCCUCUUAGCUGCGGAAUGCACCAGACACUACCCCAUAACUUAGCUCAUGUUUGCUGACCAUUUUUACUACUACUGUUUAUCACUGUAUAAUUGUGUGGCUGAUCUGGUCCUGAUGUCUGUCUGCAGUGUAAUGCUGGUGAGUACAGGACUGGUAGUUUUGCUUAAUCAGGUUGAUUUUCUACUGCUGCUGAGCUGUUGGGAGGAGUUGAGUCAAGUUGAUGACUUUGAAUGGUCAGCCAAAAGUGACAGUUCAGAACUAGAUUCAUUUAGCCUUGCUAUUCACCUUUUAAGUUAGUCCCUAUUGUGUUUUGAUUAACACAGCCUUUUAUAAUGGAUAACUCUAAAUAAGAACAUAAGAAAGUUUACAAACGAGAGGAGGCCAUUCAGCCCAUCUUGCUCGUUUGGUUGUUAGUAGCUUAUUGAUCCCAGAAUCUCAUCAAGCAGCUUCUUGUAGGAUCCCAGGGUGUCAGCUUCAACAACAUUACUGGGGAGUUGGUUCCAGACCCUCAUAAUUCUUUGUGUAAAAAAGUGCCUCCCUAUUUUGUUCUGAAUACCCCUUUAUCUAAUCUCCAUUUUGUGACCUCUGGCCCUUGUUUCUUUUUUCAGGUCGAAAAAGUCCCCUGCUUCGACAUCAUCAAUACCUUUUAGAAUUUUGAAUGCUUGAAUCAGAUCACAGGGUAGGCUUCUUUGUUCAAGACUGAACAGAUUCAAUUAUUUUAGCCUAUCUGCAUAUGACAUGCAUUUUACACCUGGGAUAAUUCUGGUCGCUCUUCUUUGCACUCUUUCUAGAGCAGCAAUAUCCUUUUUGUAACGAGGUGACCAGAACUGAACACAAUAUUCUAGCUGAGGUCUUACUAAUGCAUUGCACAGUUUUAACAUUACUUCCCUUGAUUUAAAUUCUUUUCACAAUAUAUCCGAGCAUCUUGUUGGCCUUCCCCACAUUGUCUAGAUGAAGACAUUUCUGAGUCAACAUAAACUCCUAGGUCUUUUUCAUAGAUUCCUUCUUCAAUUUCAGUAUCUCCCAUAUGAUAUGUAUAAUGCAUAUUUUAUUGCCUGUGUGCAGUACCUUACACUUUUCUCUAUUAAAUGUCAUUUGCCAUGUGUCUGCCCAGUUCUGAAUGCUGUCUAGGUCAUUUUGAAUGACCUUUGCUGCUGCAACAGUGUUUGCCACUCCUCCUAUUUUUGUGUCGUCUGCAAAUUUAACAAUUUUGCUUACUAUAAUAGAAUCUAAAUCAUUAAUGUAGAUUAGGAAUAGCAGAGGACCUAAUACUGAUAACUGUGGUACUCCACUGGUUACCUCGCUCCAUUUUGAGGUUUCUCCUCUAAUCAGUACUUUCUGUUUUCUACAUGUUAACCACUCCCUAAUCCAUGUGCAUGCAUUUCCUUGAAUCCCUUUAACACUUCUGCCUCUGUUGUGCUAGUUAUUUAAAACUAGAUAGGAACAGGUCAACAUGUGGGGCAUGUUGUCCGUAUCCUCCUUUGUAAAAACUUGUGAAAAGUAAUUAUUUAAUAUAUUUGCUAUUUUUUUUUUCUUCGUCUAUGAUUUUGCCAUUUGUAUCUUGUAGACAUUUAACCUCCUCUUUGUUCUUUUGCGGUUAUAAUAUUGGAAAAAAACAUUUUGGAAUUGGUUUUAGCCCCCUUAGCAAUGUUCGUUUCUAUCUCUCUUGGCCUUUCUAACUGCGUUUUUGACUUGCGUUUGCAGUUCCAAGUACUCUUUCUGUGUACUUUGUUUUUGGUCCCUUUUAAAUGCUCUGUAAAGUGCCUUUUCUUGCUGAAUAUUUUUUUUUUAAUUGAUCUAUUAAACCAUUUCCAAUGUUUAACUUUUAAAUUGCAUUGGGUUAUUA